UUUUUUUAAUUGACAACUAUUAUAAUGAAAAGAGCAGCAACACAUGCAGGUUCUUGGUAUACUGCAAAUAAAACACAAUUAACCAAUGAACUCCAUUCAUAUUUCAAUAAAGCAGAGAAGGAAUUUACUUUUCAAAAGCAUCAGAGUUUCCCAAUUAAAGGAGUUAGAGCUAUUAUCGGACCACAUGCUGGAUUUAGAUAUAGUGGUCCAACUGCUGCAUUUGCCUAUAAAGCCGUUGACACUACAAAUAUAAAACGUGUCUUUUUAUUAGGACCUUCUCAUCAUGCUUAUAUUGAUGGAUGUUGUUUAUCAAAAUGUGAUGUAUAUGAAACGCCUUUAGGAGAUAUACAGUUAGAUAAAGAAGUAUUGAAUGAACUAUAUAACACUAAAAAAUUUUAUUGGAUGAGACAAAAUGUUGAUGAAGAAGAGCAUAGCAUUGAAAUGCAUUUACCUUUUAUAUACGAAAUAUUUAAAAACAAAAUCGAUGAUAUCAAGCUCGUUCCUAUUCUCGUAGGUUCUACUACUGAAGUAAAAGAAAGAAUGUAUGGUGGCUUAUUAGCAAAGUAUUUGGAGGAUCCAGAAAAUUUGUUUAUUAUUUCUUCUGAUUUCUGUCAUUGGGGAACACGUUUUAGAUAUACUUACUAUACUCCUUCUGAUGAUGAACCAGCUAUUGAUCUUCGUGUACAAAAAGAUAAAAUAACUCGACCUAUCUUUGAGUCCAUUCAAUCUCUCGAUUUUCGUGGUAUUCAUGUCUUGGAGGAGUUGAGCUUUACCAAGUUUCAAUCUUACUUGGCUGAGACAGAAAAUACAAUAUGUGGAAGACAUCCUAUUUCUGUUUUGAUGGCUGCACUUGAAAAGCUCAGUGAAAAAAGAGAAUUCUCAAAUCAAAGCUUGAAGUGUAUCAAGUAUGAUCAAAGUAGUCAAUGUAAAAGAUAUCAUGAUAGUAGUGUGAGCUAUGCAAGUAUUUACAUUAAAAUAGAAUAAUAAAAUACAUUGUGUUCCUUUUUUUUUUUUUUUCUGUGAAAAC